GCUAGAUUGUGGCAGCUAGUGACAUGUUAGCCUGUCGUUGCUGUUUUUGGUGAACCAUAGCAGCAAAGCUCUAGCGCUUAUACUUGCACGGAAUGGAGGGUUUACGCAAGAGAAUCAUUGAUUUCUCACACAGGAAAUCGUUGGACGAACCAACUGUAUAUUUAGACGAAGAGGAACAGGAAGUUUUGAUUCGUGAGUUGGAAAAAACGAAUCGUCGAGACAAUCGGCUCUUCCAAAUCGUGUUUCAUUCCUCUAUCUUCUUAUAAGUGUGCCGCUUGUGCUGCAUGAGAUUACAUUAUUUCAACGCGUGUUUAGUU